UUCCCAACAACAUUACAAACAAAUGGGCCUUUAAAAUUUUGUGAAACUAGGCUCGUUUGCACGGACAGGACUGGAUUUCUUCUGCAAUCACUUGUUUGAACACGUUCCUCAUCAAUUUAGGUAUCGGACCGCCCGAUCAGACGCCGCCGGCCCGCCCGCCCAGCUGUGUAAUCGUGCUUCGUUCUGUAUCACCUCACGUGACAACGCCCACUCGCGGGCCGGCGAGUGGGCGUCACGCACGACGCCGGGUCGCGCCACGUCGCUUAGGCGCGUGGCGAGACAGCCCGUCUCGUGGCUCGACGGAACGCGACGCGGGACAAGACGCGGGACGGCGCGGGACGGGAUGGCGAGCUGCAACGCGUAGCGCCGGGGUCCCGUCUCUCCGGGACGGGACGCGAGACGCCGGCGAGACGCGUAGUGGAUGGUCUUAGCAAUCAUCAAAUUGUUAAUCAGAAACUCCUAAGGAAUUGAAUUCUGGAGUCUUAUAUUCGUACGUCACUGUAACUCCGUACCUACCUUGAUGAAUACAAUGGAAAAUGUAUUUGAGCAGCUCUUAGCUGCUUCUGGCUCUUCCACAGUGAAAGAAUCACUUGUCUGUCUCAUUGAAACUGCAAAAACUUCUGAUGGCCGAUUAGACCUUGCUUGCAAGCGUAUUGUUGUACCAGUACUCAGGCUCUGCCAGUCUCCACCUUCUGCCGAAGAACUUUUCUUAUCGAUAAAGCUACUUAGAAACUUGUGUGCUGGAGAGAUUAAAAAUCAGGACCUAUUUAUUCAUCAAAACGGUGUUGCUAUUAUUUUGGCUCUCAUCAAAUCUAUGGGGUUUGUUUCCAGUAGUUCUGAUUAUAGGACACUUCAUAUGGUAUUGCAAGUCUUGGGAAAUGUUUCAUUAGCUGGUGAACAACAUCGAGGCGUUAUAUGGCGCGAAAUGUUCCCCUUUGGAUUUCUGGAUAUUGUUAGAGUUCAAAGCAAGGAAACAUGUGAUACUUUGUCCAUGGUUAUCUAUACAUGUGUCGAGGGCAGCAACAAGUCAUCCGUAGAGUUGCUUGGAGAUGCAGGACUGGACAUUGUAGUAGAAAUUAUACGAACUGCUACAAUAGUUGGAUAUAAAGAGCACUGGGUGAAAUGGCUUCUGUUCAAAAUAUGUUUUGAAGAUUCUUAUUUUUCACCACUUUUCUCUAAGUUAUCUCCGGUUGCUGAAGAUGAGAACUCUGAUAUGAAUGUAGCUGGAAUGAAUAGUUUUGGAGCUGAACAAGCAUUAUUACUGGGCAUACUUGCUGAAAUUCUUAAUGAGCAACUUGGAGAUAUUGUUGUUUCUAAUGAAUUUUCAUUGUUCCUAUUCAAGAUAUUGAGAAACGUUGUUGGGGUUGUUGACUUUAGUACUAGAGGAAAAUCGCGUCUUCCAACUGGUUCAGCUGAUGUCGACAUCAUUGGCUACUCCCUGUCCUUAUUAAGAGAUAUUAGUGCAUGCCAAGGUCAAAAUGUUAAGAACCAGGGUGAAGAUGCUGUAGAUAUGCUAGUCUCAGCUGGGCUAGUUAAGUUUCUUAUUAGAUUGCUCCGCGACCUAGAGCCUCCAGCAAUCAUUAGGAAAGUGGCGGUCGACAACAAUAAGGUAGAAGACUCAACUUCAAAGUCUUCAAAGUAUCAGAGCCCUUACAUAGGUUUCCGCAAAGAUUUGGUUGCCAUCAUUGGGAAUUGUAGCUACUGUAGGAAGCACGUUCAGGAUGAAAUAAGAGAACAAGAUGGAAUUCUUCUUUUGUUACAACAGAAUGUCACUGAUGAAGAUAGUCCAUUCUUGAGGGAGUGGGGCAUCUGGUCAAUGAGAAAUGUUUUCAAAGGUAAUGAAGAAAACCAAAAAUUAGUUGCUCAAUUGGAGCUCCAGAGAUCUGUGGAUACUCCUGAGAUCACUGAGAUGGGCCUCCGGGUAGAAAUUGAUCCAAAAACUCAGCGCCCAAAGCUUGUAAAUGCCUAAAUCAAGUUACAAUCUGUGUUAUGUUUCUUUUUACUGUCACUUAUGUUCUAGUAUCAUUUUAUCAGUGCCUUUGUAUAUUGACUAACUAUAUGCUUUAGUAUCGUGUGUUUGCCUGAAGGAAUGAAAGGGCAUGCAGUCAGAGGGCGCCAUUUGUGUGUGGAAUGGAGAAACUCAUUUAACCAGGGGGUGAACAUGUGAACUUUGUCAUACACAAUAUCGUUCAUAGCUCGAGAAACACCCUAGCUGACAGGUUACCGACAUUCUGGAGACUGCGGUAGCCAACUGGUUAAAGAGCGUUAUGCAUAAAUGCCGUUCUCCCAGAUAUAACUCAUUAUGCAUGAUAUUUUCCAAUUUACAGAUUCUUAGCUUAUUUCCAGUCAUAAUAUUAAUAUCAGUUUUCAAGGGCUUAACCUUUUAAGAUGUGCUUUAUCUGUGCUUGUAAAAAUUGCUAUAUUUUGGUAGAUAUGCACUUGCAUUACUUAGAUC